UAGAAAUUAGGAAUGAGUUUCCAACAUCUUUAACUUGUCAGAUUACCAAUGUAACCACGUUUAAUGUCAUAGAAAAAACAAUGUUGACGUUUUUUUACUAUAUACACUAAGUCCGAAAAUGAAAUUGAUUUAUUUUUUGAUAAGAUUCAAACAGCUGAAGAAAAUACAUCUGAUUGGAUUUCAUUUUAUCAGCAAAAGUGGGUGAUUGGAUCUUUAAAUAAGAAUAUGUCAAAGAUAGAUAAUGAGAUUUGGAUAAAUGCUCCUAACAGCACCAAUGCUGCAGAAGCUGCGCAUGCACUAAGUAAUCGUGGAGGAAAGAAUCUCAAAUUAGUUACAACGAUUUUUCAGGACAUGACAAAAGCCUUAUUGCUUGUAACAUUCAGUCUAAAUAAGCAUAAAGAUGAUUGUAAUGAAAAUACUGAAGAUAAUAAAGAAAACAUUCAUAAUAAUCUAAAUUUCAAAGAACUUGAAUAUAGAGAAAAAGACCUUGCUUUAAGGGAAUGGGAAGCUAAGUCUAAAAGAGGUAAAGGAAAAGCUAAUGGAACUGGUCUACUGACUCCAUCACAAAGUUCAAGGCAGAAGUUGGUGAAGCUAUUGGAAAAGGCCAGAGAAAAGAAGAGUGACAUAUAUAUAUAUAGUAUUGGUGUAUUGCUAUGGGAGAUAUCUAGCAGGAAAUCUCCCUUUUCUACCGAAGAAUAUGAUAUUGAUUUGGCUAUAGAAAUUUCGCAAGGUCUUAGAGAAGAACCUAUUCUUAAUACAUCUGAAAAUUAUAUAAGACUUUAUAAAGGUUGUUGGGAUGGUGAGCCAGAUAAUCGACCAACUAUAAAACAGGCCUUCAAUUAUCCAACCAACGUUAUUACCUCGUCAAAUCACGUGAUUAAUACAUUAUCAAGAAAUUUAGAAUCAGAUGUUGUAGCACGAAGAGAAGUAAGAAAUCAAAUUAAUACGAAUUUUAGACAAAAUAGGAAUUUAGCAAAUGAAAUAAUUGGAAAUAGUGUGUUUGUAAGAGGACAUGAAGAAGAUAUUGAACAACAAUUACAAAUAGGGAUACCAAUUUGGAUAGAAAUGUAUUUCCCAGAAGUAACAAGAGAUGAAAUACCAUCACAAUAUCAAGGAAUGACAAGACGAUGA